CAGUGAGCAGAGCGAGUCUCUGGACUUCCAAGAGCCCAGCAUGUGAACCGACUCUCUGUGUGAAGUCAAGUCGGGAAAACGAUGGAAAUAUAAACCUUUCUGAGUCCAGACGUGGCAGCCAAAGUGACCGUGGUGACGUGUUGCACGCUGCUUGGAUAGGACUUUGCAGGACUUUGAAGAAAUGGGACUUUAGGGUGGGUUUUGGUGGUUUUUUGGGUUUUUUUUUUUUUGGAGUGGGCUGCUUGGAGUCACUUACAAAGACCAUCAAGAAGUCAUGACACUGAGGACGCUCCUCUUGGAUCUAUCUGCGUGAAACACGAGGGAAACCCGGCCACGGAGAUCCACACUUGAUUGACUCAAAACGCACGCAAAGUUUUUUUGAUAAUUAAUGCAGGUUUCUUUGUUUUUUCACCGUUUUUCAAGUCGCCCUACUUGGAUCAAAAGUUUUUCCUUCCCUCCCCCUCCUCCUCCUCCUCCUUCUCCUCCUCCUCCUCCUCCUUCUCUUCCACUAUGGCGGCGGCCAGGUCCACCGCUGGCUCCGUGUUUCUGCAGAUCAUGUGUCUGCUGAGCUUCUCCUCCACUUGGGCUCAAAACUACAACAGUGAGAGCGGGAUAUCGAUCCCAGAACACGGGUUCUGCCAGCCCAUCUCCAUCCCUUUGUGCACCGACAUCGCCUACAACCAGACCAUCAUGCCGAACCUCCUGGGCCACACCAACCAGGAGGACGCCGGGCUGGAGGUGCACCAGUUCUACCCUCUGGUGAAGGUGCAAUGCUCUGCAGAUCUGAAGUUCUUCCUCUGCUCCAUGUAUGCUCCAGUGUGCACGGUGCUGGAGCAGGCCAUCCCCCCAUGUAGGUCUCUGUGUGAGCGUGCACGGCAGGGAUGUGAAGCCCUCAUGAAUAAGUUUGGCUUCCAGUGGCCGGAGCGGCUCCGCUGUGAGGCCUUCCCCGUGCAUGGAGCAGGGGAGAUCUGCGUGGGCCAGAACACAUCCGAGCCCAGCGGCCCGGUGUCCUCGUCCCCCAAUGCGCACGACCUUGUUACCCUCCCCCCGAACAUAGGCCGGCCCAACCAACGCACGCCCCACAACAACCAGCACCAGUUCUCCUGCCCUCUGCAGCUGGAGGUGCCCACCUAUCUGGGCUACAGAUUCAUGGGGGUCAACGACUGCGGGGCCCCGUGUGAGCCCACUAAACCCACCGGCAUCAUGUAUUUCCGGGAGGACGAGGUGAAAUUCGGCCGGUUGUGGGUCGGGAUCUGGUCCAUCCUGUGCUGUGUGAGCACCCUAUUCACGGUGCUCACCUACUUAGUGGACAUGAGGCGGUUCCGAUACCCCGAGAGGCCCAUCAUCUUCCUCUCCGGGUGUUACUUCAUGGUGGCGGUGGCGUACGCAGCAGGGUUCUUCCUGGAGGACAAAGUGGUGUGUGUGGAUAAAUUCAAGGACGACGGCUACAGAACCGUGGCUCAGGGGACCAAGAAGGAGGGCUGCACCAUCCUCUUCAUGGUGUUGUACUUUUUCGGGAUGGCCAGCUCCAUCUGGUGGGUGAUUUUGUCCCUGACCUGGUUCCUCUCUGCUGGGAUGAAAUGGGGCCAUGAGGCCAUUGAAGCCAACUCCCAGUACUUCCACCUGGCUGCGUGGGCUGUCCCGGCCAUCAAAACCAUCACCAUCCUCGCCAUGGGCAUGGUGGACGGCGACGUCCUGACGGGGGUGUGCUUCGUGGGGAUCUUCAACGUGGACGCCCUCCGCGGCUUCGUCCUGGCCCCGCUCUUCGUCUACCUGUUCAUCGGCACGUCCUUCCUCCUGGCGGGCUUCGUGUCCCUGUUCCGGAUCCGCACCAUCAUGAAGCACGACGGCACCAAGACGGAGAAGCUGGAGAAGCUGAUGGUGCGGAUCGGGGUGUUCAGCGUGCUCUACACGGUGCCGGCCACCAUCGUGAUCGCCUGUUACUUCUACGAGCAGGCCUUCAGGGAGCACUGGCAGCGGACCUGGCACAUCCAGACCUGCAAGCGGUACGCCGUCCCCUGCCCGAUUCACAACUUCGCCCCCAUGACCCCAGACUUCACCGUGUUCAUGAUCAAGUACCUGAUGACCAUGAUAGUCGGGAUAACCUCGGGUUUCUGGGUCUGGUCCGGGAAGACGCUUCAGUCAUGGCGGCGGUUCUACAAGCGCCUUAGCAACGGUAACCAUGGGGAGACGACGGUUUGAAGUUACCAGGAAGGAAACGGGCACAAAGCCUCGAUGUUCUGGAUGUAAUAACCAUGUAAAUGAGGUCAAAUAGCUUUCAUUUUUAAUACCAUUUUGGACACAUUUUUAUUUUUUUUUAGGUUGUGACAGCAAGUCAGGCUUUUGGUCACAGAACCAAACUUUGAUCUAUAUUUUUUUUUUUUUUUUACAUUUGUUUGUUCAUCAUCAAACAACCCACACUCCUGGCUUUUUUUUGUUUUUGCAUCGUUGGAUUAUGAACUGGUGUAAAUGGGCAUACUGGUCCCUGGACUGUAAUGCCUGACUGGUGAGGCUACUUUUGAUAUGAAACUCCCUAUUAUUGAUUAUAUCCUCAAUAUCACAAUGUUAUUGUAUUUCAUGUCCACUUGGGUGAGAGGUUCUCACCAUGAACAGAAAAGACUGAUGUUUCCAUGCAGUGUGGCCUUCUGUCCAUGCUGCAGCAAAAAAAAAAAAAGGUCAAAGGUUUGGUCCCUACAGCCGCCGCACCCGCUGACUGUGAAUUCAUUAAUUAGGGAUGCCUGGAUUAUAUGUUUUAGGUCACUCUGCUUUUAGUUUAAGACUGAAAUGCUUUAAUGUGUGUGUGAGAAAUUGCAGAGUACAAUCUCGCCCGUUUUUUAAUCUGAUCAAACAAUUCAUCAACUCGUGACUCCACGCCGUUACGUGCCAAGUGGCUGCCCAGAAGUCCAAACUAUUAUUUCCUGUUUUUUAACUUUUUUUAUUUUUCAGACUGUCGAGUAUUUGCUCUUGUAUUGAAUGUUCACUCCGAAGGUGAAUGAAGUUAUGUAUUGGUUUGCACAGCUAUCCUAAAGGUUAAAAGUGUUAAAAAUGACUGAUUCAAUCUGUUAAAGAGACCACACACACACACACACACACACACACACACACACACACACACACACACACACACACACACACACACACACACACACACACACACACACACACACACAGGUCUCCACUCUCUGCAAUGAAGACACAACAGCUCAUUGUUUGUCUCAGUGUGUGGUCUCUCUCAACUGUUGGAUCCCUCCAUCUAAAAGACUUUUAAGCUUUUAAGACAUCCAAAGCACCAUUUCAAGGAUACAGAUUUGAUCCACACAGAGUGGAAAUGGUUGCUCAGGAGUCCUAUGUUAUUUUAUCCUGACUAAAGAUGACUGUACACAUUCACGCCUGUAUUCUUCCCAGUGUAUCCGCGCCCUCCCUUAUUAUUUCACUUGAAAUGUUGCAUGGUUCAAAUGCAGACUUAACAUUUAAGAGUUUUCAAUGAAUCAUUUUUUAAGAGUCUGGGCUACGUUACAGAAGCCUUCAAACACAAAGAACCUGCAUUUAUUUUCUCUGCGUCUGGAAACCGGACUCAUGUUCGGUUUUCUAAGUCAUGGAAACACCAGGGAAGAGGUCAAAGUUCACCACUUUGUGGGACAUUUUUUUAUUUGGAGACAGCGGUGGAGACAGACUGCAGUGUUCAGCAGAGGUGGAGGGUAUUUUCUGGAGCUGAAUCACUGGGGACAGCUAAGCAAUUUGUUACUACAGAAAUUGAAGACCUACAUUGCCUAGUGACAAGUUUAUCAUUUCCAUUUUUUAAAUAAAUAUAUAUAUUUAUUAAAAAAAAAACUUGAAAUCUUUAAAUAAAAGCGAUUUCAGAACUAUUCAUUUAUUAUCUGAAACUUGGGUAGUUUUUGAAAUUUCAGUGGAAAACUAAACGGUCAACGUAAAAAGGUAACCAGUGAUUUAGUCCCAUUAAUCAUCUGUUCUAUGCAGCACAUUCGCUAUUUAAAUUGAUUCAACAAACCAGUUUAUUUCUCGGACUAAAUAAUACAAUAAGUAGGAUUGAUAGCAGCAUAUGUUUGCCAGAAGGUUUUGUAUCUUGUUGUAUAGCAUACGUCACCUGUACACGAUGAAAUGAAACAUCCGGCAGCAAUAUGGGCUAAACUCACAGCAUACUGGCCUUAUAGACCUGCUAUUCUAGUUAUGUUUAAUCUCUCCAAAGUUCGGACCUGAAUCCUCACAUACUAAUAGAUAUAUAGCCUAAGUACCAAUCUUAUACUGUUAAAGCAGUUUUGUAUACAGGAACUGUACAUUUCCCAUGUGAAUGCACUACAUACCUCAACCCUGGUUAAAGUUACUAAGUAGGAUUGAGAUAGGAAACAUGUUAACACUCCUCUACUCGAGUUAUCUCUCGUCCAUGGUUUAAAUAAACGGUGCAAAAGUAUUCUGUGUACUUGCCUUCAGGCAGCAGAGAUCUGCCAGUGUCAAUGGUACCAGACUGAUGUGUUUGUAUUGUACUACGUUUUCAGAAGGAAUAUGAGUGUGUGUGUUUUUUUUAUUUUUUAUUGGAACAUAUGCAACCUACCAAGAAAACACAGACUCUGUUUUUUAAAGGCAUAUUGUAUUUAUGGGGAUACUCAUUUUUUUUGUCUUUUUUCACUUGUUUUUUAAUGAGAUAAGCCUGUUGUAUGUGUACAGUUUGAAUAAAAUUGCUACGGUUUGUAAUGCAUUGAUCCCUGUGGUUUGUGUGCAGAAAUGAACUUGUUGUCGAGCUUCACUGUAUAUUCCCUUGGAAACAGCUGUUGACAAAACAGUAAGUAGAUCUUGACCUCAGAUUGUUUUGGCAACAUAUGUGUGGUAUUUGUUGUUUAAAAAAUGCACCACUGUAACCAUGUUUGGCCCUUAUUGCUUUCACCUAUCACCUACCACCUUAACCUUAUUGCAGCCCAGUGAAAAUACUU